CCAUUCGAGGCGGCAAAUCAAAGUUUGUAUAGCCAAGAAAAGUCAAGAGUUAGGCAAGUCAUUCGCUGUACAAAUUGUAUUUGAAUAAUGGAGGGUGUUGCGGACUGCAGAGAAUUAUGCAUAUAUAUGUAUGGUUGGUGAGAAAAUGAAUUAUGAGGUCUCUCAUCUUCAGCCUUCUUGGAAAUCCUGCAUAAUUUCCAUCCUCGUCUCAGAAGUCGUUGGUUAAGUUUCUGGAGUCUGGAGUGUCUCAUUCUCAAUAUGACAGCAGAGAAGGUCAUCACAUGGAAAUGCAUUUUCCCAGUGUGUUGUUCCAAGAGUACUAGUGAAUAUGCAGAUUCCACAAGACAAGUCCAAGAUAAGCAAACCCCUUUUCUGCAGCAAAGGCUGUCCAUGUCAGAUGUAAUUAGCGACCCCAGCUAUGCAGAUGAUCUCUCCAAUUCUUUUUCCGGCCUAAAUCUUCAUGUGUUUUCGCUAUCGGAGCUUAAAGUUGCAACAAACAGCUUUUCAUGGAGUAAUUUGCUUGGUGAAGGUGGCUUUGGACCUGUUUACAAGGGGUUUGUUGACGACAAUCUUAGGCCUGGAACAUUGAAGGCUCAGCCUGUAGCAGUCAAACUAUUGAACUUGGAUGGCUUUCAAGGCCAUAGAGAGUGGCUGGCAGAACUUGUAUUUCUUGGACAGCUGAGGCAUCCCAAUAUUGUUAAGCUGAUCGGAUAUUGUUGCGAAGAGGAGCAUAGGCUUCUGGUAUACGAACACAUAGCCAGAGGAAGCUUGGAAGAUCAACUCUUCAGAAGAUAUUCUGCCGCUCUUCCAUGGUCAACCAGAAUGAAAAUCGCAGUUGGAGCCUCUAAGGGCCUAGCCUUCCUCCAUGAAGAUCAUAGGCCAGUCAUAUUCAGAGAUUUCAAAACUUCAAAUGUUCUUGUAGACUCUGAUUACACAGCAAAACUCUCAGAUUUUGGGUUAGCAAAGGAUGGUCCAGAAGGAGAAGAAACACAUGUGGUAACACGUAUACUAGGAACUCAAGGGUAUGCAGCCCCUGAAUACUUAAGAACAGGUCACUUAACAACCAAGAGCGAUGUGUAUAGCUUUGGAGUAGUUCUAUUAGAGCUGUUGACAGGAAAAAGGUCACUAGACAGAACCCGCCGGAGCCGAGAACAAUGCCUUGUGGAAUGGGCAAGGCCUCUGCUGAAGGACCCAAGAAAGCUCAACAGGAUCAUAGACCCAAGAUUGGAGGGACAAUAUUCCACCAAAGGGGCAAGAAAGGCAGCUACAUUGGCUUAUGCUUGCUUGAGCAACAACCCCAAGUCCAGGCCUAUGAUGACCGAUGUGGUUAUGAUCUUGGAGUCUCUUCAGGGAUUCAACGAAGCCUUAAUUUAUCAACCAUUUGUUUAUGUCGCACCAAGUGAAGAAAAGGAUUGCGAUGAAGAAAAGGGAGACUACCAUUGCAGAUACACCCUCAAAGAAUUUCUCAAGACGGAAUUGACUUGAUACACAGGAUAUUGGAACAGUGAUGUGCUAUUGUAUUUUCCUAACCAUAAAAUGGUGGAAAAGAAUGAAGCAUAUAUGAAUAUAUAUGAUAUGAUAUUGAUUAAGAUGCACUUAGACUGAGAAUAGACCAAAAACCUAACGUGUGUCUCAAUCAAUAAGGCAGCCCUUGAUGAUGUUAAUAGAGACUGGAAUUUCAAGUGUCCAUCACCACCAACCCAGGGCUUGAAAUUUUAACCCAGGUAGGCCAGAACUUCAUUAGGCUUAGUGUUUAACCUUCUGGCGUGUGCAAGACGUUUCUUCUUUGAGUAGAAUUGGUUGUUUAGCA